CCUCACCAAAUCACAAUAUGUAUAUUAUAAUUUUCUAGAACUUUUUGAAGUUAUAUGGAAUUUGUUGGAAUUCUGUGGUGGACGUUCCGUCUUUUAGAACAUUUUAAGUUUUUCAUAUUUAAGCUUGAAACUACUACUAAUCAUUUUUUUCUUAAACCGAUUCCCCUUCUAAUCAGAAGUUGAUACGCACUCCAUGAUAUUAGAUAAUGAAAAUUUAAAUCAACAUGAAAUCAUGAAUAUUACCUUGAACUACUGAAUUAAAUUCCCUAUGAAGUUAUUUCCAAUUCAAUGACAAUAUUAAAACGUUGCUAUUCAAUUUGUAAAAAUAUAUUUGGCGAUAUGGAUAAUUUAAUUGCAGUUUGCCAAGUAACAUCCUGUAAUGACAAAGAAAAAAAUUUUCAAAUCUGCAAAACACUUAUUACAAAUGCCCAUAAAUGUGGAGCCAAAAUGGUUUUUUUACCUGAAUCCGUUGAUUAUAUUGAAGAAGAUUUAAAAAAGUCACAUGAAAUGGCUGAAUCGCUUAAUGGACCACUUAUAAGUAGUUAUAAAGAUUUAGCCAAAUCAUUAAAGAUAUGGUUAUCAAUUGGUGGUUUUCAUGAAAAAUUUUCAGAUACUAAAUUGAGAAACACUCAUGUUGUUAUAAAUAAUGAAGGAGAAAUUGCAAGUAAAUAUCAUAAAAUACACUUAUAUGAUGUAGAUUUACCAUCAAAAAAUAUUAAAGCAAAAGAAUCAAAUCUAAUUGAAGCUGGUAAUGAAAUUGUUUCUCCAGUAAAAACUUCAAUUGGUAAUGUGGGCUUGGCAAUUUGUUAUGAUAUGAGGUUUCCACAAAUGGCAGUUGCUUUAGCAGAAAAGGGAGCUGAUAUUAUAACAUAUCCCUCAGCCUUUUUUUUUGGAACUGGUGCAUAUCAUUGGGAAGUUUUAUUACGUAGUCGAGCUAUUGAAACACAAUGCUAUGUUAUUGCUUCAGCUCAAACUGGAAGCCAUAGCUCUAACAGAAAGUCUUGGGGUCAUUCACUUGUUGUUGAUCCUUUAGGAACUGUUAUUGCUCAAUGUUCUGAUGAACCUGGAUUUGUCUUGGCUCCAAUUGAUUUAUCACUUGUAAAUAAUCUACGGCAAACAAUGCCACUUAAUCAACAUAGGCGUUAUGAUAUUUAUCCAAAAAUGUCUACAAAUAGUUUCUAUAGUUUGCCGAUUUCAGAUACAAAUGAAAUUAAGUUUGGCUCAGUUGUUGUUAAAGGUUUUCAAAUAUUUUGUCAAACUGCACUCAGCAUGGCAUUUACAAAUAUUAAAUGUGUUUUGCCUGGACAUGUUUUGGUUGCACCUUUAAGAUGUGCAGAAAAAUUAAGUGAUCUUUCUAAUGAAGAAAUAAAAGAUCUAUUUCUUUUAGUUCAAAAAGUUGAAAAAACUAUUGGAACUGUCCAUGAUACCAAAUCCACAUCAAUAGUUAUACAAAAUGGCAAGGAUGCUGGUCAAACCAUCAAACAUGUACACAUUCAUAUAAUUCCUAGAAAAAGCGGUGACUAUUUAGACAAUGACGAUAUUUACAGAGAUCUGCAGAAUGAAAAAAAGUCAUCAAAUGUUAAAAGAUCUGAUGAAGAUAUGAAACAAGAAGCUAUAGUACUGAAAAAAUAUUUUUGAUUCAACUUGUGUUCUGUAGGUUUUAAUAAGUUACCAGAUGUUUCUUAUUUUUAAGUAGACUAGUUAUCUAAAAUCUAUUAUUGUAAUUUUAUCUAUUGUAAUACCUUGUGUAACAUAAUUUUAGGAAAUAUUUAUGCUACUAGCUUACUAAAUUAUCAGUCAUAUUCCAACCAAAUAUGGAUUUUUACUAAAAAUGAUAAAAUAUGAAUGUAUCUGUUUCAAAAUUAAAUUAAGGUUAUCUUUAAUUCAAAUAUUAUUUUUUUAAGUUAAAAAUAUGAAAAGUUUUAAAGUAAUAAUCAUUUUUCAUUAUAAAUAAUAUAUACAAAUAAAUAAUUAAAUAUUAUAGUAACAGUACAAUAUCUCACAAAAAUGUUAAUAAAGAUUAGUUUUUUUCAUAAUUUGAAGGAAUUCGUCUUGACUAACUUCUCCAUCACCAUCUUUGUCAGCUUCAUCAAUCAUUUCCUAAUAAUUUAGUAAAGGAAAAAUUAUACAAAUCUUAUGAAAUAACAAUUUUUAAUACUUAUUAAUUAAAUUUAAUAAUAUCUAUUACUAACCUGAAGUUCUUCGUCAGCAAUAUUUUCACCCAAUUCUUGAGCUAUACGUUUCAAAUUAUCAAAUGAAAUUUUUCCAGUACAAUUAUCAUCAAAUAAUUUAAAAGCUUUCAUAAUUUCUUCUCUAGAAUCUUUGUCAGCCAUUUUUUGAGACAUUAAUGUUACAAAAUCAUCAAAUGAUAUAUGACCUACAAAAAAAAAUCAUUGUGAAAUAAAAAUAAAAUUUUUUACUCAUUUGUAAUAUAAUAUUACCAGUGUGUUGUUUGUUUAUACUACAUAACAUGCGUUUAAUUUCUUCUUUUUUAGGUUCAAAACCUAAAGCUCGCAUAGCCACCUUAAAAAUAAUUAUAAUAAUCAUAAUUUAAAUAAAGAAACACAUAAUAAUAUUUGAAUAUUUUUUACAAGACAACUAUACAUCUUUAGAUAAUUAAUUCAAUUUAAAUUAAAAAAAUAAAAAGUUAUACAAUACACUUAAUUGUAAAAUUAUUUAUAAAGAUAAUAAAAUAUAAAUUUCAAUGUUUA